AUGACACCACUUUAUUGCGGCACACAAAACAUGUUUGGUGGAAAAUGCGGGAAAAAUGGAGUUGCUGUAUGUCUAAACGACGUAAGGGAAAUGAUUAAAGCACAUACAGGAAAACCCGUUCCAAGUCAUCAACAAAUAAAAUGUGAGAGAUGUAUUGAUGAACCUCACAAGAAAG